AUGACCAGAACAGUCCGGUUGGAGUCCGGGCAUUGCGGGUUUGUUCGAGCAGAACGUCUGUGUGCCGUAAGUAGCAUACUGAGGUGCUACAAGCAUGGCAACAGCGUAGUUAAUGGCCAGCACAAGCAGCGUGAGCAUCACUGUGGCCAUGAGAAGUGCCUGGGGAGCGGUCCUGCCACGUCGGAUUUGGAAAAUCUUAACCCACAAGAAGCGGAUUCCCACAGUAGCCACACCCGUAAUAGAGCUGCCAAAGAGAAAGAGGACGAGAAGCGCCAUGAGAAUAUAGUCAAUAGGGAAAACUUUGGCGGACUGGAGGAAAAUCCAGUUCAAUGGCUGGAAGAUAAUGUAUCCGCAUCGCUGCUUGCAGAUGGAGUUCUUGGCCUUGUCAAUUCCCGUGAUGAGCAUGGAUACCCAGAUGAGAACCGCGACUACCAGGAGCAGAAGGCCACCAAGCAUCUUGACUGGCCGGAACAACGCGCAAAGCUUGAACCAGAAGCGGUACACGGCGCUUCGGCCUUCGCCCUGAGCCUCAGCAGCAAGGCGCUCCCUUCGUACAAGUGUCUGUUCCUCGCGGACGAGAGCAUCCAGCUCGCGGCGGUCCUUUCGAGGCAUUUCAUCAUGACGUCCGGCAUUGCGCAUUUCAAUCUGGCGCUGUCGCUCGCGGUUCAUUUCCAGCUGGGAUGCGGUUGUCUCUGA